ACAACACAACCCAUCCUCAUCUCAACCAUUCUCUCACUCCUUCCUCCAUCCCAUCAACUCACAGAGUGCUCUUCACGAGAGUAUCUCUUUCUCCCCCACUUCCAUUUUUACACACACUAUACAAUACAAUACACAUAGCAAAAAAACAAUCACACUACACUUUCAUUCAUUCAACACACUCUCAUUCUUCUCUUCAGUCCUGUCGCUUCGAUUCGUAACAGAAAAACCUCGAAUACAACGAGGUGUGCAAAACUAUAAAAGAUCCAUUGAUUUCUGCAAUGGCAGAAUCCAAAAACGAAAGCAGAGAAAUGAUAAUCACCGAAACAAAAUCGCUUCUAUCCUUGGCGCUACCAACCGCACUAACAGCUCUGAUAUUCUACGCGCGUUCCAUCGUAUCAAUGAUGUUCCUCGGUAAACUCGGUGACGUGGAACUCGCAUCGGGUUCAUUAGCCAUAGCUUUCGCAAACAUAACCGGUUAUUCGGUUCUCUCCGGUUUAUCUUUAGGAAUGGAACCGCUUUGUUCUCAAGCUUUCGGUGCGAACCGUCCAAAGCUUCUAUCACUCACACUUCAACGCUGUAUACUUUUUCUCUUGCUUUGUUCUUUACCCAUUUCUUUUCUAUGGUUUGAAAUGUCUAGAAUCUUCCAUUUUUUACAACAAGAUGAUAAAAUCACCCGAAUGUCACAGACUUAUCUUCUUUUUCUUUUACCUGAUCUUGUAACUAAUUCUUUUUUACAACCAAUCAGAAUCUACCUUCGCGCUCAAUCCGUCACCUUCCCUGUUACUUUAGCGUCUCUGGUUGGAACUUUUUUACAUUUACCUUUCAAUUUUUUACUUUUUGAAAAAGGAGUUUCUGGAAUUGCUAUUGCUUCUGCUGCUUCGAAUUUUUCGGUUCUUAUUGUUUUGGUUGUUUACGUUUGGAUAAGUGGGGUCCACAUUGCCACGUGGAGUGCGCCGAGUUUGGAAUGUUUUUACGGCUGGGAGCCGUUGAUUAAGCUAGCCGCGCCGAGCUGUGUUUCUGUUUGUUUGGAAUGGUGGUGGUAUGAGAUUGUUAUUGUCUUGUGUGGGUUUCUUGUGGAUCCCACUGCCACCGUGGCGUCUAUGGGGAUAUUAAUUCAAACGACGUCGUUGAUUUACGUUUUUCCUUCGUCUCUUGGACUUGCUGUUUCGACGCGUGUUGGAAAUGCGCUUGGGGCGAACCGUCCGCGUAAUGCGAGGGUUUCGGCUGUGAUCGCGGUGUUUUUUGCGGCGGUUAUAGGGUUUACUGCGGUUGUUUUUGCGAUGAUGAUGAGACGGAGAUGGGGGAAGAUAUUCACUAGUGAUGAAGAGAUUCUACAGUUGACCGCGGCGGCGUUGCCGAUUUUAGGUUUGUGCGAGCUUGGAAACUGUCCGCAGACGGUUGGUUGUGGUGUCGUGAGGGGGACAGCGCGGCCGAAAGUGGCGGCGAAUGUGAAUUUGAGCGCUUUUUAUAUGGUGGGAAUGCCUGUGGCGGUUGGACUUGCUUUUUGGUUUGGUUUUGGGUUUUGUGGGCUUUGGUUGGGCCUUUUGUCGGCCCAAGUAUGUUGUGCGGGCCUUAUGUUGUAUAUUGUUGGGACAACUGAUUGGGAACAGCAGGCUCGUCGGGCUCAGUUAUUAACAUUGUUUGAUGAAGUGGGGAAUAAAUCAGAUGGUCAGAAAGAACCAUUAAUUAAUAGUUUGGAAAAUGCUUGAUGUUGAUUUGAUUUAAUGGUGUUAUAUUUUUCAUUUUUUCUAAUUUCGUUUUUACAUUGAAAGAUAAAUGUAAAUUACCAUUAUAUUUUUUCACUUUUUUUUUUUUUAGUUAUAUGGGUCUAUAAGGGAUAUAUAUGUUGAGAUUGUGUUCUUUUUGACAUCUAUAUAUUCAAAGGAAUUUUUUUCAUUUUAA